UAACCACCGCUACACUGUGACUUCCAUGUCCUGUGUAAUAACACAGCGGGUCCAUGCCGUCAGUAUGUCCACGGCUGACAUGUCCCAGACGCUGGACAUUCUCCGGUGUCUGUAUCAGCACGUGCAGACGCUGGAGGAGUUCGCGGACAGCAUCGUGUUCAGAGAGGGACACCGAGCAGAGCUCACCGAGCAGUCCGACACACACCGAUUCAAAGCCUUCGUCCGGGGGGUGUUCGUCUGCUUUGACAAGGAGCUGCAGCAGGUGCCGAGCUGUACCCAGAUCUGCACUCUGCCUGAACUGCUGGCCUUUGUUCUCAACAGUCUGAAAAGAAAGAGAAAAAGGAACAUCUUGGCACACGGCUACAAUUUCCUGUCCCUGGCUCAGGAGGAGAGGAAUGCUGACCAUUUCAAAUUCCAAGGAGACAUAACUCAAAGCGCUGCCUACAUCCAUGGCAGCGACCUGUGGAAGAAAGUCACAGUACGCCUCGGCACAGAUAUCACACGGUACCUGCUGGAGAGCUGCUCUGUGUUUGUGGCUGUCCCUCCGUCAUGCGUUUUCCAGGUGUGUGGCGCUCCUGUCUAUGACAGGGUGUCCAUGACCACUGCCUCCACUGGGUUCUCUCUCCAGUCGUGGUCCAGGACACAGAACGGUGCUGAGGCUGGUAGGAAACGAGCUGCAGUUGGCAUGAAAAGGAGACAGAAGGUCGAGAAUCCUCCUAUCAGCAAGAAGAGGAACAGAAAGGAGGUGAGACUAAAGAAGGGGAAAAGAAAGAGAGAAACUGAUGAUGAAAAUAUGACUUGCUCUGAAAAGAGGAGACGGGUUGGACAGCAAGAACCCACUCAAGAAAUCCAACAGGUUUGCUAUGAAUCUGUAGAGGAAGGGCCGCCCAUGUCUGCGGAACCAACAUUGUCUAUGAAGCCUUUGGAGAAUCAUGCUGCUGGUUCCAAACAGCCUGUUGAAACCACAACAACCACACUUCCCUCGGAGGGAGGGCCCAGCUGGAGAUCAGGUAUUUUCCCCCCUUUGCCUCCCUCGCAGUGUUAUAUCCGCACGCUGGGAUUCCUGUAUGGAGGAAGAGGCAUGCGUGGCUUCCUUCUCAACAGGAAGAAGAAGACUGCUGAUGGAUGCAGAAGGCUUCAAGGGCAAGACUUGGUACGAACAGUCUUCUUCGAGGGACUGGCGUAUCUGAACGGGCUGGAGAGGAAGCCAAAGAAACUCCCGCAGCGCUUCUUUAACAUGGUCCCUCUGUUCGGCCGGCUGUUGCGUCAGCACAGGAGGUGUCCCUACAGUAGAAUACUGCAGAGGAUGUGCCCGGCCGGAGAACAUAGAGAUGCAGAACAAGGAGAAUUAAGCUCCCUGUUGCCGCGGCACUGUGCACCUUACCGGGUCUACUUGUUCGUCAGGGAAUGCCUCUCCGCUGUGAUCCCCGAGGAGCUGUGGGGCUCCGACCACAACCGGCUUCAUUUCUUUUUCAGAGUCAGGGACUUCUUGCGCAGCAGCAAGUUUGAGAGGCUGUCACUGGCUGAACUCAUGUGGAAGAUGAAAGUGAAUGACUGUGAUUGGCUGAAGAUCAGUAAAACAGGCAGGUUCCCACCCAGUGAGCUCUCGUACCGGACACAGAUCCUUGGUCAGUUCCUGGCUUGGCUUCUGGACGGUUAUGUCGUGGGCCUGGUUCGAGCCUGUUUUUAUGUCACUGAGGGUGUGGGCCAGAAGAAUGCAUUGAGGUUCUACAGACAAGAAGUGUGGGUGAAACUGCAGGACUUGGCCUUCAGGGGUCACCUCUCCAAGGGUCAGAUGGAGGAAUUGACUCCAGCUCAGGUGGCAUCCCUCCCCAAAAACACUGUCAUCUCCCGCCUUCGCUUCAUUCCCAAGACUGAUGGCAUGAGGCCAAUCACACGAGUCAUCGGAGCAGAUCCCAAAACCAGGCUCUACCGAGGGCGAGUACGGGACUUGCUGGACAUGCUGCAGGCCUGUGUGCGCUCCUCUCCAUCCCUCCUGGGCUCCACUGUGUGGGGGAUGACGGAUAUCCACAAGGUGUUGUGCUCUUUAGCUCCAGCCCAGAAGGACAAGCCACAACCCCUCUACUUUGUCAAGGUGGAUGUGAGUGGAGCCUAUGAGAGUCUGCCUCAUGACAGACUCAUUGAGGUCAUUGGCCAGGCUCUGUUACCGGUCCAGGACAAAUUCUUUACCAUCCGCCACUAUGCCAAGAUCUGGGCUGAUUCCCAUGAGGGCCUGAAAAAAUCCUUUGUUCGACAGGCUGAUUUCCUGGAGGACAACAUGGGAUCCACCAACAUGAAAGGGUUUGUGACAUCCCUGCAAAAAAGAGGGAAAGUUCAUCACGCCAUACUGGUAGAGCAGAGUUUUGGUGCUGAUCUUUAUGGCAGAGAGGCGCUGCAGUUCUUCACCCAAAUGUUAACCGGCAGCGUUGUUCAGUUUGGGAAGAAAACAUAUCGUCAGUGUCGAGGGAUUCCUCAGGGCUCAGUUGUGUCCAGUCUGCUCUGCUGUCUCUGCUACGGUCACAUGGAGAAUGUCCUGUUCAAAGACAUACCUGAAAAGAAAAGAUGUUUGAUGAGACUGGUGGAUGACUUCCUUCUGAUCACCCCAGACUUACAUGAAGCACUAACCUUUCUCAAGAUCUUGCUGGCAGGGGUACCACAGUAUGGGCUGGUGGUCAACCCACAGAAGGUGGUGGUCAACUUUCAGGUGCCUGGAAGUGUGGGCUCUUGUCCUGGCAUUCGUGUACUGCCCCCUCACUGCCUCUUCCCCUGGUGUGGACUGCUGCUGGACACACACUCACUGGACAUUUACAAAGACUAUUCCAGCUAUGCAGGACUGUCAUUGCGCUACAGCCUUACUCUGGGCUCAUUCCACUCAGCUGGACAGCAAAUGAGGAGGAAACUGAUGGCUAUCCUAAGACUCAAGUGCCAUGCCUUGUUCUUGGACCUGAAGACCAAUUCUCUUGAGGCAGUCUACAAGAACAUCUACAAGUUAGUGCUGCUUCAUGCACACAGGUUCCAUGUGUGUGUCCAGAGUUUGCCCUUUGGUCAGACGGUUGCUAAGAACCCCAUGUACUUCCUGCAGAUGAUCCUGGAUAUGGCUGAAUAUGGCAAUCAACUCAUCAGGCUCAGCAACAAAGGCAACAUUUCCCCAUCAUACAUAUGGAAACAAAUAUUUCAAGCAAUAUCAAGUUCAAAAUCCAUUUUCUUUCUUUCUUUUUUUGAAUCUCUUCCCAUUUACCCAGGACUCACAUUAGGCAGUAAGGCCCAGACUGGCAUUGUGCAGUAUGAAGCAGUGGAGCUGCUUUUCUGUCUGUCCUUCCUGUUGGUGCUGUCACGAUACCGUCCUCUUUACAAGGAUCUGCUCCAGCACCUGCACAAACGGAAGCGCAGUCUGGAGUGGCGUCUGGGAGAUUUGAGACUGGCUAGAGUCCGACAGGCUACUACCCCGAGGACCCCAGUGGACUUCUUGGACAUCCAGAUGUAGACUACUAGCCAGCCCCAAUCACAGCACCCAGCACAACCAUGAAACCCUCAGCAGCUCAAAGGAUAAGAGGGGUGGUUCUGUGCCUGGACAACCACAUAGGAAACAAGCACCGCCAGGAGCAUUAAAGGACUGAUGACCAUCCA